CGUGAUGCCGAGAAACCCACCAUGAUUAUCGUAAUUUUUAAUAUGAAAUGGAGUAGACCCUUUCUGGAUUCAAUUAGUACCUUAUCUUUAUUAGAAAAGCGCGCAAAUAGAAGUAUAUUUCAUUACUUUAAAAUAUUUUUAUCACAUUAAAGCACGUGGCACCCCUGCACGAGCUUCAGAUCAGAGAAAGAUCAUGCUACCUUGAACUCCCAAAUUCUUAUCAAAUCUCAUCAGUCUUUAGCGCCGUAAGUUUCAUUGAUCUCAACUAGCUGCUGAGGUAUUCCCGUAUCACUUUGUUGUCCACUUUUUCAUCAGAAGUACAAUGUUCCGUUUUAUCAUGUUCAUUGUUUCUAUAAUUAUUGCACUUCUUGGAACCACUACUGCGGAAGGUGAUAGCAAGAGUUACAUAGCUCUACGGUUUGCUUAUGAUGAGUCUAGUGUAAUCUCAUUCAGUCCGGAAAUGAACGCCUUAACUGACAAAUUUUCUAUUUGUCUUUGGAUCAAGAAGCUUCAAUCACACGGAUCAAACCCGACCCCGUUUGCCUAUAAAAAUACAGAAAUAUUCAUGUCAGACAGCGGCUAUUACAACAGAUUAUUUCAAUCAGGCGCACUAGAUAACGUUCUCACCAGCAAGUUCACAACAGCUAGGGGUAGUUGGUAUCCAUAUUGCUCAACCUGGAGCUUGGCUACCAGGACGUUUAAAGUAUACGUUAAUGGUCAGCUCGUAGGAACCCAAACCACGCCAUCCGGGAGGAAGCUACAGACAGGCGGAAACUUUGUCUUAGGGAAUAUGCGUCCGAGUUCAGGUCACAAAUUCGGAGGUGAGAUGUUCAACAUGAAUGUUUUUUCUAAGGAACUGACCGCCGUAGAAAUAGCAACCAUGGCUGCAAGAGGUUUCUGUGCAGAUAUCCCUGAGGAUCUUCAAACGUCUAGAGUCAUCAAAUGGGGGGAAAUUCUAAAACUGACCAGGUCCGGCACGGUGACGGACUUUAUCGACCCAAAAUGUGCUGAAGCCGCAGUUCUCAAAGUUGAAGAACUACUGUCUCAACUAGAUGAGGUAGAAAGUGGAGCAACAGCUACCCAAAGAAAUUUGCAAUCGGCCGUCAGUGAAAAGAAUAGCCUCAAACUCUCCCAGAACCUGACGCAGGCAGAGCUGCUGAAAGUUCAAGGACUCUUCAACUCAACACAGGAGGAUCUAGAGGAGGUCAAGAGAGAGCUGAAUGAAACGAAGAGUGCGCUUGUGGAUACCCAGUCGGAGCUUGAAGAUGCCCAGUCGGAGCUUGAAGACACCCAGUCGGAGUUAAGGAAUGUCACUGAGUACAAAUGUCCGAUCAACAAGGGAAAUGUGACCAAGUGGGAUAUCUUCUAUUCUCCCAUUUACUAUAAAAAACCCUUCACCCGGCGGCUUUACCAACAACUCCGCACCACUUGGGACUCAGUCAGCAAGCAACUGUUUGGAGUCACGAUGACAGACACGAUUAUCAAACUGGCAAAAAACCUGGACUGUGAAGAUAAGGAAUUUUCGUAGUUCUUGACAUGUCAAGUGACGAUAACUGUGAAGCUUUGCUUGGACGAUGGAGUUACAGAACCAGUACGACCUUUUCUACUAAAAAUGUUCUACUUCCACAAAAACAAUAAUUAGAUUUAUAAUUUACAUAUUGUAUGCCCACUGUAAGGGUAUAUAAGUUAAUCAUCUGAUAAUUUUUUAUUAUUAAGUUAAGUACAACUCUGAUUACGCCUAAUGCAAUGCUCAACUGUUUCUUCGAAGGAGAGAAAUAUACUUGCUCAGACUACUUCUAAGUUUAAUUGACGAGCUCAUUUUUGUUUUUGUUCGCAUUUUUUUUACGAAAGCGCUGUUUUUCAGUUAUAUUAAUAAUUCUUCUAAAAUCUGACCCACAAAUAUUAUUAAGGAUGAUAAAGCUAAUAUUGUAAUUCUUACCUGAUUUGGAUUUUCUCAACAAA